AUGAGCUCGCGCGCCUUCCCCUCGCUCUUUGGCGGCGAGACGCCCGAGCUUUGCGGUUCAGAGGAGGAGGACCUGCGCUUGCGCCUGGCUGUGCUGCGGGGCCGCUUGGCUGCGGCGCAGCUGCAAGCGGCUGCGUUACGAGGUGGGGCGGCCCUGCCGCAGGCACUGCGAGAGGUCGAGCAGGCAUUGGACCUGGUAGCAGAAGCGGAGUCGCAGCCCAGCAGGGGCAGUGACGACGACCGGAUCGAUGACAUUGACUGGCUGAGCCCGGAUGUGACCAGCGGUGGUCGGGCCUUUCGCAAGCCGCAGGCCCGCGAGCGCGAGGGCGACCUCAGCCUCACAGCUGCCGCGUUUGGGGGGCCCUGGCUGCCCCGGCGGCUGGUGGGCUCUGAGCAAGAUCCAUCCAAGGCCUUUGAGGAGCUGCUGCUGAGCUUGGAGAUGUGCCGCCGGGACCGGGGCCGGUACUUCGACCAGGGCAUGGAGUGCCGCGAGCUCAUCCUGCGCGCCAGCCGCAGCUCCAGCAGUGCCCCGGCCACCAGCCGCACCGCCAGGGCAACGGCGCAAGCCGCGCAGGCGGCGUUCGCCGCACCGCGGGCUGCCACGCCUCGGGCCCGCUUGCCGCCUCUGCCGCCCAAAGCGGGCAGGCGCUGGGACAACUUCUGGCAGGAGCUCACCAGUAGCGACCCCGCCAUCCUCCGGAAGAGCCCCCGGCGCAGCGCGAGCCGCGAGGAGCGCGCGAAGCCGGACGCGAUGUCGCGGCACCUGGAAGAGCGCCAGGAGCUGGAAAGGCAGCUCUGCUUCUGGGAAGCGGAGACCCUCAAGCUUUGUGAGCGCAGCCGCCGCGCCGACGCCAUGCUGCGCUGGGCCGGGCAGGUGGCCCGGGCCCGGCAGCGCCUGGACGAGGCAACCUUCCGGCUGCUGGCGCUGUUGACCCCAGAGCGUGCAGCCGGGGCGCAGGCAAAAGGAGCGAAAUAUGCAUAG